AGACGCUCUCUCAGGCCCCCCUUCCCACGCCCAGUGCGCUGUGGGAUAGUGGCACUAUAAAGUAUAUCCUCUCUCGGAGAAAGAUAAGAAGCCCGAGACAGGAGGGGAUGAAGAUGGCGGACGCCAAGCAAAAAAGGAAUGAACAGUUGAAACGGUGGUUAGGGUCGGAGACAGACAUCGAGCCUCCUAUUCUGAAAAAGAAGAAGGCGAAGGUGAAGUUCGACGAUGGCGCCGUGUUUUUGGCUGCCUGCUCAAGCGGCGAUACCGAGGAGGUGCUCCGAAUGAUUGACCGGGGUGCUGACAUCAACUACGCCAAUGUAGACGGUCUGACUGCCCUCCACCAGGCGUGCAUAGAUGACAACGUGGACAUGGUGACUUUCCUGGUGGAGCAUGGGGCUGCCAUCAACCAGCCCGACAAUGAGGGCUGGAUCCCCCUCCACGCCGCAGCCUCCUGUGGAUACAUGGACAUAGCAGAGUAUCUGAUUGCCCAGGGAGCCAGUGUGGGGGUGGUGAACAGUGAAGGGGAGACACCACUGGACAUCGCUGAGGAGGAGGCCAUGGAGGAGCUCCUGAAGAAUGAGAUCAACCGACAAGGCGUGGACAUCGAGGCGGCCAGGAAGGAGGAGGAGCGGAUCAUGCUGAGGGACGCCCGGCAGUGGCUCAACAGCGGAACCAUCAACGACGUCCGACACGCCAAGUCCGGGGGGACCGCACUCCACGUGGCCGCCGCCAAGGGAUACGCCGAGGUUUUAAAGCUUUUAAUCCAAGCAGGGUAUGAUGUAAAUAUUAAAGACUUUGACGGCUGGACCCCGCUCCACGCUGCUUCACAUUGGGGCAAAGAGGAGGCCUGCAAGAUACUGGUGGAGAACCUGUGUGACAUGGACCUUAUCAAUAAAGUGGGUCAGACAUCUUUUGAUGUUGCAGAUGAAGAUGUCCUUGGCUACUUAGAGGAAUUACAGAAGAAGCAGAAUCUGCUCAGUGAAAAGAAGGAUGUUAAGACGUCUCCCUUGAUAGAGACGACGACCACCGGGGACAACAAUCAAAAUCUAAAAUCCAUUAAGAGCAAAGAGACCCUCCUCCUGGAGCCCGAGAAGCCCGCCCUGCGCAUCGAGACCCUGGAACCGGAGAAGGUGGACGAGGAAGAGGAGGGCAAGAAGGACCAGGAGUCCAGCUGCUCCAGCGAGGAAGAAGAGGAGGAAGACUCUGAGUCUGAGACUGAAGCCGACAAGAGCAAGACGUCUGUCCCUGUGAGCAACAGUAACGGCACUGCUGUGGUGCCAACGCCGACCAGCGUUACGGUGUCUUCCACCUCCCCAACCAGCCCCACUAACCAGGUGACUCUCACCUCGCCUGUCAAGAAGGUGGCCCAGCAGGUGUCCCCUGCUGGUAAGGUCUCUCCUAAAGAUGUCUCUCCUAAAGAUGUCUCUCCUAAAGAUGUCUCUCCUAAAGAUGUCUCUCCUAAAGAUGUCUCCCCUAAAGAUAAACAGGAGGAUGACAAGACGAAGAAAUCGGACGAGUCCCCGGCGUCGUGGCGCCUGGGCCUGAGGAAGACUGGCAGCUACGGGGCGCUGGCGGAGAUCACGGCCACCAAGGAGGCCCAGAAGGAGAAGGACACGGCCGGGGUGAUGCGCUCGGCCUCUAGCCCCCGCCUCUCCUCCUCCCUGGAUAACAAGGACAAAGAGAAGGAAAAAGACAAAGGAACCAGACUUGCCUACGUUGCCCCCACCAUCCCCAGGAGACUGGCCAGUACAUCAGACAUUGACGAGAAGGAGAACAGGGACUCUGCUGCUAGUCUGGUACGUAGCGGCUCCUACACCAGGAGACGCUGGGACGAUGAGCUGAAGAACAGUGAAGGAAGCGCUUCCACCAACCGAACAACACCCAGCUAUCAGCGCAGCACGUCCCACACGCUAACGCUAGGGCGGAGCGGCAGCACGCGGGACGUGCCAGCCAAGUCCUCAUCCGCCUCCAGCUUGGACCCUAACACCUGUAACACUAAACCCUGGCAGUCACCCGCCUCCCACUACCAGUCUUACAGCAUUUACCGCAGUGGUUCCUUUGGCAGGAGGCAAGAAGACUUGGGUUCGACCACCUCUUCCUCCACUAGCACCACCACAACCACCUCGUCUGUUACCUCGCCCACCGGCUUCCGUGACCGCAGCCUGCUCUCCAGCCUGGGCUCCUCCACCCGCACCGGAUCCUCCAGCCUCACCAGCAGGUACUGGGCAGAGGAGAGUGCGGAGAGGGAAAAGGAGCGGGAGAAGGAGUCUGCAGCAGUCAUCCCUACGAUUAACACUGCUUCUACCACCACCACCACGUCCACUACUGGCACUAUCAUUGGCUCUGACGGCAGGGAGAGACGCAGGUCGUACCUCACCCCUGUCCGGGAUGAAGAGUCGGAGUCCCAGAGGAAAGCCCGCUCCAGACAGGCUAGACAGUCCAGACGGUCUACCCAGGGUGUGACUCUAACUGACCUCCAAGAGGCAGAGAAGACCAUCGGCAGGAGUCGCCCCAUACGGACCCGGGACGAGGAGAAGGAAGAGAAGGAGAAACAAGACAAGGAGAAGCAGGAGGAGAAGGAGACUGGUGAAACCAAGGAGGACGACUACCGGUCGAGGUACCGCAGCUUCGAAGAGACUUACCAGCGCUACCGUCCCUCCACCACCUCGGCCACCACCCUGAGCACGGCCUCCACCCCGUCCUCUACUUCCUCUAGCUCACUUAACAGGCCCAACAGCCUGACCGGCAUCACCUCCUCCUCCAGCUCCCUCAACAGGCCCAACAGCCUGUCCGGCAUCACCUCCUCUUAUAGCCGCUCCUCCAGGGACACUGAGAAAGAAUCAGACAAGAAGCAGCAGGAGGAGGAGAAGGAGGGAGAGGAUAAGUCCCAGCCCCGCUCCAUACGGGAUCGCCGGCGGCCCCGUGAGAAGAGACGCUCCACCGGGGUGUCUUUCUGGACCCAAGAUGGGAGUGAUGACAAUGACCCAGACCAGUCGGCGGACUCAGAGGAAGGCAGCAUCAAGGGUGAACCUCAGAGUGACCGACUGUCCAGGAAUGAGAGCAACACUUCCUCUUCCGACCGCUACGACCACUUGGGUAGCCGUGGCUACGGCGAGGGUCGCAGGUCAUUCUCAAGCAGGCUGGACCGAGACGAUAGCACUGACUACAAGAAGCUUUAUGAGCAGAUCCUAGCUGAGAAUGAGAAGCUGAAGUCCCAGUUACGUGACACAGACCUGCAGCUGAAUGACUUGAAGCUACAGCUGGAGAAGGCCACACAGAGGCAGGAGCGCUUUGCUGACCGGUCGCAGCUUGAGAUGGAGAAAAGGGAAAGAAGAGCUCUAGAAAGGAAGAUAUCUGAUAUGGAGGAGGAACUUAAGAACCUCCCAGAGGUAAAGCAGGUUCAGGCCCUGCGUCAGGUCAAGGAGCGGCUGCAGGCAGAGAACAGGGCACUGGCCCGCGUGGUUGUCAAGCUCUCCCAGUCAGCCUGCAGCCAGCUGCCCCCUCCGUGGACCUGUAGCCCUGCCCAACCGCUUCCCCUCACCCUCCCUUCUCAUGCUCCAUUUGUGCUCCGACCUCACCCAUAGACAGGCAGGUCGUCCACCCCCCCCGCCCAACUACAAGGUUAUCUCCUCCCCCCUGAGACUGACUCCCCCUACCUCCCCAGACCUCUCUGGUUUUCAUAUUGGGCAGUGUGUUUUGACUGGGCACUUUCAUUUACACUACCUAUUAUAGUUCACAGUAAAGUUAAAUGUUAUUUUCAGUCAGGUAAGUAUCAAUUCAGGUGGUAAUUUGCAUAUAAGCAUAUACACUGCUCAAAAAAAUAAAGGGAACAACCAAAAUAACACAUCCUAGAUCUGAAUGAAAUAUUCUUAUUAAAUACUUUUUUCUUUACAUAGUUGAAUGUGCUGACAACAAAAUCACACAAAAAUGAUCAAUGGAAAUCAAAUUUAUCAACCCAUGGAGGUCUGGAUUUGGAGUAACACUCAAAAUUAAAGUGGAAAACCACACUACAGGCGGAUCCAACUUUGAUGCAAUGUCCUUAAAACAAGUCAAAAUGAGGCUCAGUAGUGUGUGUGUGGCCUCCACGUGCCUGUAUGACCUCCCUACAACGCCUGGGCAUGCUCCUGAUGAGGUGGCGGAUGGUCUCCUGAUGGAUCUCCUCCCAGACCUGGACUAAAGCAUCUGCCAACUCCUGGACAGUCUGUGGUGCAACGUGGCGUUGGUGGAUGGCGCGAGACAUGAUGUCCCAGAUGUGCUCAAUUGGAUUCAGGUCUGGGGAACGGGCGGGCCAGUCCAUAGCAUCAAUGCCCUCCUCUUGCAGGAACUGCUGACACACUCCAGCCACAUGAGGUCUAGCAUUGUCUUGCAUUAGGAGGAACCCAGGGCCAACCGCAUCUCGGUACCUAAUGGCAGUCAGGCUACCUCUGGCGAGCACAUGGAGGGCUGUGCGGUCCCCCCAAAGAAAUGCCACCCCACACCAUGACUGACCCACCGCCAAACCGGUCAUGUUGGAGGAUGUUGCAGGCAGCAGAACAUUCUCCACGGCGUCUCCAGACUCUGUCAUGUCUGUCACAUGUGCUCAGUGUGAACCUGCUUUCAUCUGUGAAGAGCACAGGGUGCCAGUGGCGAAUUUGCCAAUCUUGGUCUUCUCUGGCAAAUGCCAAACGUCCUGCACGGUGCUGGGCUGUAAGCGCAACCCCCACCUGUGGACGUUGGGCCCUCAUACCACCCUCAUGGAGUCUGUUUCUGACCGUUUGAGCAGACACAUGCACAUUUGUUUGUGGCCUGCUGGAGGUCAUUUUACAGGGCUCUGGCAGUGCUCCUCCUUGCACAAAGGCGGAGGUAGUGGUCCUGCUGCUGGGUUGUUGCCCUCCUACGGCCUCCUCCACGUCACCUGAUGUACUGGCCUGUCUCCUGGUAGCGUCUCCAUGCUCUGGACACUACGUUGACAGACACAGCAAAGCUUCUUGCCACAGCUCGCAUUGAUGUUCCAUCCUGGAUGAGCUGCACUACCUGAGCCACUUGUGUGGGUUGUAGACUCCGUCUCAUGCUACCACUGGAAUGAAAGCACUGCCAGCAUUCAAAAGUGACCAAAACAUCAGCCAGGAAGCAUAGGAACUGAGAAGUGGUCUGUGGUCACCACCUGUAGAACCAUUCCUUUAUUGGGGGUGUCUUGCUAAUUCCCUAUAAUUUCCACCUGUUGUCUAUUCCAUUUGCACAACAGCAUGUGAAAUAUAUUGUCAAUCAGUGUUGCUUCCUAAGUGGACAGUUUGAUUUCACAGAUGUGUGAUUGACUUGGAGUCAUAUUGUUAAGUGUUCCCUUUAUUUUUUUGAGCAGUGUACUUUGUUAGUGCAUCACCUGAAGUUUAAAUAUUGGACUACAUGAUCAAAUCUUCAUGCAGUUGAUUUUACUUUAUAAUUUGAUGUACUGUAAAGGAGAGUGCCCCAUUUAGUUCUUUUCCCCCCAGUGUGCAGUCUUGAAGUCUUAUCAAGGAGUGCCAUUGUUUCGUUCCGCUUGUUUCUGGCUUUGCAUGACGUGGCUUUCUUUUUGCGUCAAAUGGCGGACAUUUUUUUUAUGGAGGACGAACACAUUUCCUUUCCCCCUCAGUGUCUCUCUCCAGUCCUACCCCCAUUUCAGUUGACUCUUACAGAUGACAUCAACCCAGCUUUGAGACCAGGUCACCCCAAUACUGCAGGUUUACACUUGGUCUUAUUUAAUUUCCCAGUGACCUAGACAUAUUCAUUUGGCUCUUGCUCAUGAUUUCAAUUUCCAUUACAUGCCAUAAGAAGCUCAGGUUGGUUGAUUGUCAUCUGUAAUAAAAUGCCUUAUAGUUUUGCGGUGGACAGUUACGUUUUGCUCUUGAUCUCCCUGGAUGUUCAGUUGUUCCAAGAGUGACUGGGCAAUCUGCCAUGGUUGCUCUGCCCCAGGCAAUGCUGUACUGCAUGGCUUCAGGAAUCUGCUUAGCCCAGUAUGGUUUUAGUUGAUAUUGAGGGAAUUAUACCUGUAAGGGAUAAUCUUGUGACUGAUUGUGAUUAGUAAUAUUUUAAUUUGUCAAACAAACUGUGUUGUAUUUCUUAAUCCACAACUUUUGGGCAUCACACUGAUGAACAUUGUGUUGAUAAAUAGUUAAAGCAGUAGGAUAUCCCUUAUUCAGAUACCUAAUAAUGAGUGGCAUAGGGCUCUUACUAAGUCAUUUUAUUGUUUCACUUUCAGACUAAACUCCCAAACCGUGACCAAGAUGACAGGCAGUGGUGUAGUUAUGUUAGUGAAUAACGUAACUACUCUCAUUGUAUUAAGGCAGAUGUAGCAAUGCAAUUAUUUUCUAAUAACAGUUUGGAAAUUUGGUUCAGGGCAGAAAUGGGUAGUGGGUGGGUAUUGACUGUGAGAUGGUGUUAGCUUUACACGUUGUAAGUCUACCUCACCAAGACACAGGCAAAAAACAAACGAUUGCAAAGGCAUUAUUUGAUGCUGCAGCAGUUUGUUGCUCAUGCAUUUUUUGCCCCUGUAUGCUUCAAAUAAAGGAGCACUGUUUGUGCUGCCAGGAUUUGUGCAGGUUAUUUGAAGAGUGUUUUCCUGGGCGCCAGUGGAGCCGCCUCUCCUGUUCUGCAUGGCUAUUUCGCAGAGACUUCUGACCGGAGUGUGCUUGCUCCUUUCUCAGCUAAGAAAAUAAAUGACGGGGGGGGGAUGGUUGACUGUGGCUCGUCAAAGAUGCUGAUGACACACUCUGCAAUUAACAGUUUCUAUAACUGGGCUGGGUGAUUGGUCAACCUCAACGUGUCUCUAAGCCCGUUUCCCUCUCUUUGUUCUC